UGGCUUUCUUCCAUAUAAGUUAAAGACGCCCUAUCUUCAGGGACUGCCUUUCCCGCUUUGGGUUCCAGAUCUAAGCCUCAGCUGCCGCCGCUCUCACCACCCGCCACCAUGUUUUAUUAUCAGCCUCGUCGUGGAGGAGCUCUUGCUGGUCUCUUUUUUCUGCUUCUUCCGGUUUUCUUGCCCAGUCUCUUCAGUCCAUUGGGGCAUGCUUCUCCUUCCGUUUUCUCGGAAUGGAAUGCUCCAAAACCAAGGCAUUCACGUCUACUCAAAAGUGUUUUACAAGGCCAAUCUUCAAAUGUAGAGCAAUCUGAUCUUUGGACACCUUUGGCCAACCAAGGAUGGAAAGCCUGUGAAUUAUCUGCAAGCACCCCUGGCUUACCGCAGGAAACUCAGGGAUACAUCCAAGUGUUUCUUGAUGGAGGGUUAAACCAGCAGAGAAUGGGGAUUUGUGAUGCUGUUGCUGUUGCUAAGAUAUUAAAUGCUACACUUGUGAUCCCACAUCUUGAAGUGAAUCCUGUUUGGCGGGAUUCGAGCUCAUUCAUGGAUAUAUUUGAUGUUGAUCACUUUAUUAAUGUCCUGAAGGAUGAUAUUUCUAUAGUUAGAGAGUUGCCUUAUGACUUCUCUUGGAGCACAAGGGAGUAUUAUGCUACAGCUAUUCGAGCUACCAGAAUUAAAACAGCACCUGUUCAUGCUUCAGCUAAAUGGUAUCUGGACAAUGUCUUGCCUGUGCUAGAGAGUUAUGGAAUUGCUGCAAUUGCCCCAUUCUCCCACCGUCUGGCUUUCAACAACUUGCCUAUGGAUGUCCAACGCCUACGCUGUAAAGUCAACUUUCAAGCAUUGGUUUUUGUUCCUCAUGUCAGAGCACUUGGAGAUGCUCUUGUCAGUCGCCUCCGAUACCCUAAAAAAAAUGGAGCAUUUGGCACUGAGUACCUGCAAGAGGUUACUGAUGUGAAAGGCGAACAAGAGGCAGGAAAAUUUGCUGUGCUACACCUUCGUUUUGAUAAGGAUAUGGCUGCCCAUUCGGCUUGUGAUUUUGGUGGAGGUAAAGCUGAGAAACUAGCUCUGGCUAAGUAUCGACAAACAAUUUGGCAGGGAAGAGUCCUGAACUCUCAGUUCACUGAUGAGGAGUUGAGGAAUCAAGGACGUUGUCCAUUGACUCCAGAAGAGAUUGGAUUGCUGCUUGCAGCUUUGGGCUUUGACAACACUACUCGACUAUACCUUGCCUCCCACAAGGUGUAUGGUGGGGCAGCCAGGAUUUCAACGUUAAGAGAAUUGUUUCCACUAAUGGAAGACAAAAAGAGCCUUGCUUCUUCAGAUGAACGAGCCCAAAUUAAGGGAAAGGCAUCUUUGUUGGCUGCAGUUGAUUACUAUGUUAGCAUGCAUAGUGACAUUUUCAUCUCUGCUUCUCCGGGAAAUAUGCACAAUGCAUUGGUGGGACAUCGAACUUAUGAGAACUUGAAGACAAUCAGGCCAAACAUGGCAUUGUUGGGCCAGCUCUUCCUGAAUAAGAGCAUAGGUUGGUCAGAAUUCCAACAGGCUGUGGUGGAAGGGCAUGAAAACCGACAAGGGCAGAUCAGGUUACGGAAAUCUGAACAAUCUCUUUAUACAUAUCCUGCCCCUGAUUGCAUGUGCAAUGCUUAAGAUGAGACAUGUGCUCCAGAGAACUGCUUGCCCACCUACCUAUGUAUACAGACCCUGCUCCUGAUUGCAUCUGCCAUGCUGAGGUGAGAUAUGUGAUCCUGAGGGAUGUGAGCCUACUUACCUGUCUUAUGAUUUUAUACCGUACUAUUGUUUGUGGCUUGGAAUAUUGGUAAAUAAGAACCAGUCCCACUUCUCCUAUUUGUAAAACCAUUCAUGUGAUUUACCAAGAGUAGAAGAGAGAUAAAAGGGUUGUGUUUAUUGUUGUGUCAUCUGGAUCGUGAAUACUGUCUCUAGACACAAUCACAAAUGCCAUAUGUAUCAUUAACUAGUAUCAAUUGUUUGUUCCAACUCUCUUCAUUA